AUGCCCCCCAGGAAAAUUUACUCCGCCGAGCUAGGCCUCAACCUCGAUUCAGGCCGGGAAGAAGAAUCCUUCAAAUGGUUCCUGGCAUGCCUCCUCUUCGGCAAGCCCAUUCAACAAGACAUCGCCCGACGCGCAUUCCACGAGCUGACCGAUUCCGGCAUUACAUCUCCAACUGCACUGCUAGACACCGGCUGGCAGGGCCUGGUCGAGAUCCUGGACCGGGCGCAUUACGUGCGCUAUGAUUUCUCGACUGCGUCCAAACUACUUGACGUGGCGCAGGGGGUUAAUGAUAAAUAUGGCUCCUUUGGAGAUCUUUUGCGUCAGGCGGGGUCGACGAAGAGGUUGUCUGGGUCGUUGAGGGAACUUAAGGGGGUUGGACCGAAGACGGUGGAUAUCUUUUUACGUGAUAUGUCGCCUGCGCUGCAGAAAAGUUGGGGGUAUGAGUGUUGA